AUGGAAGCACCAACAAACACCCCAUCAAAUCUAUCCAACCCCCGCAUCAGACCCUUCAAAAUCUCCAUCCCAGAUUCUCAAAUCACUGCUCUCCAUCAAAAACUCGAGCUGGCAUCCUUUCCUGAUGAACUCGAACUGGACAAAUUUCAAGAAUGGGAUAUGGGCGCCCCCCUGGAGGAUAUCAAACGGCUCACAGCACAUUGGAAGGGUCCCUUUGAUUGGCGCAAAGCGGAGCAAGAUUUAAAUGAUAUUUUGCCGCAGUAUAUGACUACUGUAUCUGUUGAAGGCGGGUUUGGGAUGUUGAUGUACAUUUUGUGUAUCAGCGGAGUCGGAUUCGAGAAGGGAGAAAGGCUGUUCCGUUAUUGUUUCUGCAUGGGGCCCGGUAGCUUCAUCGAACUGAAAAAAGUGCUUCCUCUCUUAACCCAAGGAGACGAUGAUCAACCAACGUUCGAUGUCGUUGCACCUUCACUACCGAAUUUUGGUUUUUCCCCAGGUAUAUCAAAGUCAUCCAAGGCGGCGAUUGGGGCUCCUUCCAUCGCCCGUACAAUGGCAAUUCGAUAUCCCAAAACCAUUAAAGCCUUACACCUCAACUUCAUCCCUUCACCACCACCAUACCCUUGGCGAAACCCGCUUUUAUUUCUACAAGGCCUGUUAGGAUUCAUAAUACCACCUUUCUCAGCUUCCAAUCGACAAAAGAUAGCCAUAACUCAAACCUAUCUGGAGCGGGAGAAUGCCUACGCAAGACAACAGGAUACAUACCCGCAAACACUGGGAUAUGCAUUAAACGACAGUCCCGUGGGACUGUUGGCAUGGAUAUACGACAAAUUACAUCGAUGGACGGAAGGGUAUCCCUGGACAGAUGAGGAAGUACUCCAGUGGGUUUCCAUAUAUGCCUUUUCAAAAGCAGGACCUGCGGCUUCGUUACGUAUAUAUCACGAAUCGGUUACGAAGCCGGAUUUGACUGCUUAUGAGGAAGGGGUUACGUGGUUAUCGCGUGACCAAGUUGUGUCGACUCGUAUACCGAGUUGUGUCAAGAUAGCUGUUGCUAGUUUCCCUGGGGAGAUAAUGUAG